AUGGUUUGGCGGUAUUCAGAAAAACCAUUUGAUUCUCAAGGCUUUCGACAUAAUGGUAGAAGAACAUAUCGUGGACGUGAUGGUGAUUCACGUCGGUGUCGUGGCCAUUCUAGAGGCUGUGGUGCAGAUUUUCGUGGACGUCGUGAUAAUUCACGUGGACGUCGGGAUCAUUCUCGUGGUCCCGCUGGAGAUUAUCCUGGGCAAGGCCAACGUGAAAAUUACAGUCAACCGAAUGAUGCUCAAAAUAGCAGACACGAUCGUUGGCAAAAAAUAAUGAAAUUGUGA